AUGACAACUGAAUUAGCUCAUGAUGGCACUGCAAAUGGUGCAAAGAGGAAAUACUCCAGAAAUGGUUGUACAGAGUGUAAAAAAAGACGUAUGAAGUGCGAUGAAAGGAAACCAAUUUGUUGGCAAUGUGAAAGACUCGGAAGAGAUUGUAAAUAUCUAGAGAACACUAAAAAUAGGAAAAGAAGAACAAAAGCUGAAAUGGAAAGAGAUCGUUUAAAAGCUAUGGAGGUUAAUCAUGUAACUAGUAAUAAUGAUUAUUCAAGAUCUGAUAGAAUGUUAUCUGUUGAUAGUUUAGUUCAUACUGGAAAUAACUCGAGUGUUGUUGAUUCUCCCUUAUCUGAAAUGGCAUUAAACACAGAGUUCAACUUCUCUGUAUCAGAUGCAAACUUACUUUAUAAUGAUUUAAAUGAAAUUGUUAAUUCAAGAUUAGAAGAAGCUUUAACUCCAACUUUGAAAACUUAUAUUGAAGAAACUGCAAACCCGUUCAAUACAGACUUGAUUAAUGAAGAUGAUAAUGAUGAAUUUGCAAAUAAAGGUAUAAUUUUCAAUGUACCAUUAGAUUAUUUCAGUUUAGGAGAUCCUCAUAAUCAUUAUUUAUCAUUAUAUUUUGAGAAUUUCAGUACAUUAUCAUCUCCAUUGAUGCCCAACAUUGGAUUGAACCCUAUUCGUGAUGUUUUAUUAAAUUAUGCUAAAAGGGAAACUUAUUUAUUAUAUGCAAUAUUAGCAUGUGGUGCUAAAACUGCAUUUAGACAAUCCCAAAAAAUCGAAGAUGAUCAAGCUUAUUGUUCAUAUUUAUCUUCAUGUUUAAAUAUACUGAGUGAACAUUUUGCUGAUGAAAAUUUAAUUAUUGAUAAUGUUGAACCAAUGUUGUUAACGAUUUUAUUACUUACAAGUGAUUGUGCAUCAAGUAAAAAUGUUAGAUGGAGAGCUCAUUUGAAAGGUGCAAAAGAAUUAUUUAAGAAAUUUUCAAUUGAUCAAUCUGAUAUUUUAAAUUUUUGUCGAAAUUGGUUAAUUACAUAUGAAGUCUUAGCUGGUGUUACAAAUACUUAUGGAGGUAUUUUCCAAUCAGAUACUGAUGAAUUGGAUAAAUUUAUCACAAAUGACGCACGUUAUUUAAAAUCAUUGAAAAAAUUAAAUAUGAUUGAUAUACAUGGUUUCAAUUAUAUCUCUGGUCAUAUAAUUGAUUUGGAUUUAGUUUUCAAAGAAAUUAUUAAAAUGUUGAACAAGAUGAGAAAAUUAAAAUUAAAUCAAGAAACUAAAACUACUUCACAUUUAUCAUCAAACAUCCCACCAAUAGUGUCAUAUGAUAAAAUUGAAACAUUAAUGGUUCAACUGCAUUCUUUACAACAAAAAGAAAUCAUUGAUAAAUCAGGUAUAAUCCCAUCAACAAAUCCAAAUCAUCCAUCACAAACAAGUUUUUUCCAACAAAAUAAUUUUGAUAGUAUAGAAACUAUUAAAUUACCCAUGCAGAACAAAACUCAAACUUUGAGUUGGUAUGAUAUAAGUCAUCAAGCUCAUAUAAUAGCUGCAAAGUUAAUAAUAAUGACAAAAAUCCUUGAAUUUCAUAAAUCAACUUCAAUAAUCCAAGAUCUUGUACGGAAGGCUUUAAAUUUCAUUAGAUUUCUAAAUGAAAUUGAUCAUUAUAACAACAAAUGUAUUACACAUUUACAUUUUGUUAUGGUUAUUGUUGGACCAAAUUGUAUUACAAUUCAAGAUCAAUCAUUAGUGAGGAAAUUUUUGGAAUUGUGUAGAUCAAUGGGUUUGGAAAGUGCUGCUCAUAAUUUGAAAAAAUUUGAAAAAAAUUGGUUAAAUGGGGAUGAACAUAAUGAUAUUGAUGAAGGUGAAGAAGAGGAUAUAUUGACAUGGUGA